CUCGCCGCGCGAGGUUGUCGUUCCCGCGAAAGAUGCGCAUCAAACACGAGUGACCGAUACAUAUAAAUUACUAGUGCCUUAGAACUUUUAAGUGUUAAUGAGACUAUUUUAUAAGAAAACAAUCUGUGUUCAAUACGAGUUAUCGUGUUAAGUGAGAGACUGGAAGGAGACUUCGGAAAUUGGACUUUUUGUUACAAUUAUUUCACCUGCUGUCCGAUAGUGUGAAAAUUAUCCACGAUUGGGCGUCGCCGCGGUCGUGCGUCGCGGGCAAUGCAGGGAGCCGCUACUGCGCCUGCGCCCUCCGCGGCCGAGCCGCCCACGUCACAACAAAUCAAAACAGAGGACAUCAGCGAGGCCAAAGUUGACACUGAACAAGAAGACAUGAAGAUCGAACACCACGAAACGCGUGCGACGCGGACUACGAGCAUCGAUAGUGAUAAUCGGUCAGAUAGGAGCGAGGAGGAAGACUGCAGGAGAGCACGGAAAAGGGCGGCGUCAACGUCGCCCUCUCCUAUUCCAUUGGACAAGAGAACAGCGCGAUUUGAGUGCCCGAAAUGCUUCCAGCGGUUCGACUCCAUCAACGCUUUCGAUCUCCACCGAUUCACUGCACACGGUGAUGACACCAGAAUCGGAUUUGAUGAUUACAUCGAUUACUCUGGAAAGAAAUAUCGCGACAUACACAGUCCCCAUAUCUCAAUAUCGGAGCAACGGUUUCGUUGCGAACACUGUUUGCGAGAUUUCCCAUCUGGACAAAUCUUGAAUAUCCAUAGAAAAACAUGCUCUGCAGCCACCAGAAUGUGCAGUCCAGACCGUGAUCGAAGAGAGGAUUUCUUUGCAAAACUGGAUCUUAGAAAUAGGUCCUUGGGUAUCCCCGGUACGCUGACACCUCCAAUGGAUCGCUUUACGCCUAAAUUCGAUGAUGGACACCUGUCGAAUGGAAUAAGACAUAUCGAUGCAGCAAGAGAUUUGGCGGACAUACAGUCCAUUUUGAAUGUAACAUCAGCUGGAAGUCUCUUAGAAAGAUUAACAGGAACCAGAGUAGCCCUCGAAGGCGCCGUUCUAACUCCACCGGACACUUUAGUAAAGGAUCGUGAUCAAGAAGAAACUCAGGACAACUUUGCGGCAGAGUUUAGACGUAUGAAGCUGCGUGGCGAAUUUCCAUGUCGACUUUGUCCCGCCAAAUUUCCAAACCUUAGAGCAUUAAAAGGGCAUAACAGAGUACAUCUCAGUGGCACUGGACCUGGUCCUUAUCAGUGCAACAUGUGCCCCCAUGCAUCGCUAGAUAAAGCAGCUCUAGUUCGGCAUAUGCGCACACACAAUGGAGACAGACCGUAUGAAUGCGCUGUUUGCAACUAUGCGUUCACCACAAAAGCAAAUUGUGAACGCCAUUUACGCAAUCGGCACGCAAAAGUUACGAGGGAAGAUGUCAAACGCUCAAUUAUUUAUCAUCCAUCAGAGGAUCCAAACAAUGAUGAAGUCAACUCGAAACUUGCACGAGAAGAAGUCAAAAGAUCGCUGGCUUUCCACACACCUGAACUUGAAAGACGCAGUGAACCUACAGGUCGGAAUACACCAUUGACUCAUUACACUCCCACUUUCAUAACCGACAGACAUCCUGUCACAUCUCUUACAAAAGCUUUACCCGAUACACCUACAUUAACGCCAAGAGAAGUUGAACAUCCCAUGCCCAUGCCCAGGAUAAAAGUGAAAGGCAUAGGGCAACUUACCCAAAUACCGGAAUAUAGACCACCCGAUCUAUCAUUUAAACCCAAUGAUAUUCCUCUAGAAAGCUAUAACGAAGAAGCUCCGGUAGACCUCAGCACAAGUGAUAACAACAGUUGUGACGUCUUAGAUCUCAGUAAGAAAAAACGAGAUACGGAUGAUGAUGAACCGAAAGUUCCACCGCGCCCAGCAUUUGACAGUUCUGCUGCCGCAACUGCCGCUGCUUCGGCGUUCGAAAAAACAAGAUUACUUCUAGCUCAACAAAGACUUUUUGAAUCCUCUCUACCCAAAAUCGAUCCUGCAUACUAUGCUACUCAACUAUCUCAACUCUAUGCCAGUUCUGUGCCUGGGUUACCAGGUUUGCCAUUGCCACCUUCUUUUCCUAUCAACCCAUACUUUCUUCAAACUUCUUUUUUUCCCCACCCAACUGACUCUCAAGAAAUAACGGAAAUAAAGCAACGGAUACAGAAGGAAAUAAUCCGUGGUUUAAGUAUGUCUGGUGGCAGAAUUGUAACGAACGAGCCAGAAACUCAGCCUAAACAAGAGCUCGAAGAAGAAGAUAUAAAGCCUAUUCAAGUUGAUACCUCAUCGACACCACCACCCCACCCUGAAUCUCCACGUCCGUUGAACAACAAUAUUGUACCUCAAAACGAUUCCGUUAAAAUGGUCAUUAAAAAUGGUGUACUUAUGCCAAAGCAGAAACAAAGACGGUAUCGCACUGAACGUCCGUUUUCUUGCUCGCAGUGUUCAGCUAGAUUUACAUUAAGAUCUAAUAUGGAGCGUCAUGUUAAACAGCAGCACCCCCAACACUGGAGUGUUAGGCGUCCAGCGCCAAGAGCACCCCCACCUUACCCCUCAACCGAUACUCUAGCUGACCGAGUCAAAUAUGCCUUAUUGGCUCGUCAUUUAGAAAGACCUCUACAAUCCGACCGGUCUCCAGUCAGAAGAGAUUCAGAUGAAGUUGCCGAUAAUGAGGAAGAUGAAGAAGAUGCAUUGGUUAUCGACGAGGAGCCCGAAGAUCGGAAACCUGAAGAUAAUACAGCCGCCCAUCGAGCUGCAGCAGAGAUUCUCAUGGCGUCACGUCAGCAAGAACUUAAUAAGGACUUUGAUCUUAAAAUAGCGGGAAAUCUUAUAAAUAAGCCGAUACCAAUCACCACCGAGAAAACAGAUUCAGGGGAAGACCCUAUACCGACCCAAGAACCCAUAUUAUCUGUUGUGCCAACGCGUAGUGAUGAAGAGGAAGACGAAGAAGGCUUGGUAGCUUCAACCAGUGAAGGCAAUAACUCCGGGAGCGAUGAAAAUAAGUCAGACGCCGACACGGGGACCCAGCCACCGAAAAAGAAGUCCGCGUACAGCCUAGCACCAAACCGAGUAUCCUGCCCUUACUGCCACCGCAAAUUCCCUUGGUCCUCAUCCCUCCGACGACAUGUUCUCACCCACACCGGCCAAAAACCCUUUAAAUGUCCCCACUGUCCGCUUCUUUUCACCACCAAAUCCAACUGCGACCGCCACCUGCUGAGGAAACACGGUGGAUCUGCCAAAGCCAUAUUAGCUGAGCCUAUCCAGGAGAUGAACCCGCCGCAGAACGACAGAUCGGUACCAGAACGGCCCUUCAAAUGCGCUUCAUGUCCUACCAGCACGUUUUCCUCUAUGGACACGUUGAAAAAACAUAUGAGCUCUCGACACGCGGCAGGCGAUUCGCAGCCCAGCUCACCGAAUCCAGAAAACGAAGAGGCCGAUGCGAGUUUGGUGUUCAAGUGCCAUUUGUGUGAGGCAUCCUUUGGAGAUAGAACUGGUGCGUUGGGGCACUUGGCUUCAGCUCAUUUGGCGGAAUAUGAGCAGCUGGUGAGCAAGGGAGCUCUGGACGUAGCUAGUGACCGCAGUGAAAGCGCUGAUGAUGACGAGAGAGGAAAGUUUCCGGAUCAUGCUAAUAGAAAGGUCGUUUGCGCCUUCUGCAUCCGUCGUUUCUGGUCAGCCGAGGACCUACGUCGUCACAUGCGGACCCAUUCCGGAGAACGGCCGUUCGCCUGCGACCUGUGCAGGCGCCGGUUCACCCUCAAACACAGCAUGCUCCGACACCGGAAAAAGCAUCGCGAGGAUACAGAUGACGAGGAGUCCUCGCCCAGAGGAGACGCUACUACUAAUGGAUACUGCUAUCAAGAGGACGACUCCGGAAAUGAGAUCCCGAACAAUGUUAACAACAAUAACUCUCCCCCUUCAGCACCAUACGACAAGAAACUCAAACUGCAGAUGACGUCACGAAAAUACUCCUCAGAGGCGGACAACGACACCGAAAAUGGCGGAGAUCUCAUCGGAAAACUUCUCGGCAUCCCAGAUAAGACCAUUAUUAAUAAGCUCCUAUCAUCAGCAGACGAAGCAGCGAAGUUUCUUGGGGUAAAGAAAUGAGAGUACGCUUUAGUCCUCGUCGCACCUGCUAGGAUCAUCCUAGCGCCGCGAGGACUAAAAAUUCCAUUAAACGCUGCUGUCGAUAACAAGUCAUGUACAACGCCAUCUACCAACGAAUAGCUGUAUUAAAAAUUUUAAUUAAUUAUUUUGAACUACUACUGCUAUCUACCAAUGAAUAGGUAUAAUUUCUCACGUAGGUCAGAACAAGUGGGCAUACUUUAAUACUUCCCCACGGAUAAUUAAAUAGUAUCUUUAUUUCAACUUUGAUAGAGUUGUAAAUAGUAUGCAAUACAGUCAAAUUUAAUCUUACAUAUACGUGCUAUUGGCAACUGUUAUUGUAAUAAAUAAUUUAUAUAAUAAUUAUCAGUGGGAAAUCCGUUCAAGAGCACGCAUUUGCGCUGAACACAGACAUUAUGCUAUAAUUUUUACAUUUUUAAUGUAUAGAUAUUCUACAACGCCAUCUAUCAACGAAUAUAUAUAACUGUAUUAAUGUAAAUCCGCUAAGCGUUAUUUACGGACGAAUUGAUUUGUUUACCUCUACGCAUAAACGUUAUACUGUCAAGUUUAUUUUAUUUUACAAAAGGAUUUUGUAAAUAAAGAUUUAUUUUUAAGAUAUAUGGGUGCCUUAAGCUGCCUUAGUAUAGUUAAUACCGUCCUAUUCUGCCUUAAAUUAGGUAAUUGUAAAUAAUAUAAAAAAAAAUUGUGGGUGUCAGCAACGAAUAUUUUUAGUGCCAGUUUUGUAAGUACACAUAUAAAUUUAUAUGACGCCAUGUUGUUGACGUCUGUCUUUCUUAUUGUAUUUCUAUAAAAUAUAUUAGAAGUGCCGUAACUAUAUGCAUCAAUUCGUAACCACAAAUAUUAUUAAAUUAUCUCACAGUGCAUCCGAACGCACAGUAUUGUGUCAUUCUAUUACAAUGUUACGCGUAUGUAUACGGUUAUUGGUAUCUAUAUUAUGCUACUUCAUAGUAACAUUUGUGAAUACGAGUGUAAUUUUUAAUUAGAUAACUAUUAAUAGCUACUACACGUUUGCAUUUUCAUCUAGUCCCAUUUUAUUCACGUUUUACUCAUUCACGUAAAUAUAUUCAUAUUCCAUUUAUAUUUCCAUUUCGUAUUUUCAUAGUUGUGAAUUUCAGCCAAAAACUUUUCGCAAAUCCAAAAUUUUCUAGUCAAUUUUCUCUAAAAAAUAUUGAACUAAAUAUAAUCAAAUGUCAUUUUACAUUUACAUUCACUUUGAUUACUAGAGUAAUUUAGUGUUUGAUAAUUAUAUAAUAAGCAACAUACUUUGAGAUGUUAUUACCCCUACAGUCCCGCUAAAUACACUGGGUAGUGGCUUGAAUUUAAAUACCUUGGAUAGCGAGGAAUAUUUCCUAUCAGAUAUGAAGAAAAAAAAAUGUUUAUAUAUAUAUAUAUAUAAACAUUUUUUUUUUCUUUAAAGAGUAUAAUAUUAUAGUGCGGCAGCUGUAUUUUAGUGACAUCUCUGCGGGGGUAAUAACUGCUUACUGGCUUUCAUAUCAUAAUAUCCUACCAAUGAAUAGUUGUAUACUUUGUAUUGCAGUAAUAAACCUCGAGAUGUAAGUACUUUGAGUUUAGAGUAGGAAUUAGAUGUAAAAUUAUGUUACAAAUUCUUCUCUGCCUUACUUCUUUUACAAUACUGCAUUGAUAUGAUAGGAAUAUUAUUUUUUUGAUUUUUUCUAUAUAGAUCUUCUUUUCUGUGCAUCUGUUUCUUUAUUGUUAUUUUCCGGUUAUUUAUUAUCUAAAGUUAAAUGUAUAUACAACUCCUUAAAUACAUAUGUAGCUUCUAUAAAUUAAUUUGUUCUGAUCUGUGAAUGCAGGUUUAUACUAAAUUUAAAUUGUAAGAUAUUUUUCACUUUAUAUUUGUAAAAAAAAUAAUAUUCUCUAAGUCUAAAAUUUAAAAUAGCUUCGCGUUGUAGGGUAACUUUUGUUUGCUCAAAUCCAUGGCAUUUCUUUAUGACAAAGACUAAUUGCUUGUAAGAAAGUUUAGGAUCUCUUUUAUUAUAAACUUAUAUAGCUAUAUGUAAACCAAAGGAUUCGGUGAAUUUUUGUUUACCGUGAACGAAGUAAUUUUUGAUAUUUUUUUUAAAAUACGAUUUUGUUAGAAUUAUUUGAAAAGUUAUAGUUAUUUUAUUUCAGUUUUAAGUAGAUUUCGGUGCAUUAUUAUUAUGUUAUGGGUUUAAAACUCGAUAUAAUACAAUUAGUUUUAGUAAAAUUCAGUCUCCUUUGUGGAUUGACGAAUCAUACGCUAGAAUAUACCUAAGUUCGAAUUUUGCUUUGUAUGAUAAAAGAUGCUACCCUAUAAACCAAAUACAAAAUUAUAAUGAUUAUGUAUAUUAAAACGACAUAUUUUUAAUUAAGUCAAUAUAAUUAUAAUGAUAAUAUAAUGUCUCUUGCAUAAGCAAUAAUAUGUAAUUAGUUAAUUUUAUCUAUAAUUUAACGAGUGUGUAUCACUGAAGCUUGAAAAUUAUAAUAAAUAAUAAUUAGUAUUGCUAUUUUAAAUUUCGACAUCCUGCUUAGUGUCAAUUAUAGUUAGAUGGAAUGGAAACGUUUAAAAUUAUGUAAAUUAUACUUACUUUUCCAAUUCCAAUUUCAAUGUAUCAUUAAAAUAAAAUAAUUUUUAAUUUGCUGUACUUUUACGGUCAGUGAAAACGUUGAACGGAUGAUAAAUGUAUGAUACCUGUGCUUAGAAUAAUAAUUAUUGUCAACGUAUUAUUACUUUAAAAGAUAAGUUUAGAUAUUAAAAUAUCUCGUACUUAUUUAGAUGUAGAUUUAAAUUAAGUUAUAUUUAUAAGAUGUGGCAACACCGCUUGGCCUUUCAAAAGUAGUUUGUGUGUUUUAAUAUAUUAAUGUUAUUUAA